UAUUUCCUAACUUCCUUCCUUCAUUUCUUUCUCUUUCUUCACUUUCUUUGUUUCUUUCAUUCUUUCUUUCUUUUUUAUUUCUUAUAGUAAUUUUAAUGAUAAAAAGUAUUUUUUUGUGUGUUGAGCACUUCAUUUUGUGCAUGGUACAUUAAUCUUCCAAAUAAUUCUUUAAAUGGUGUGUGUGUGUGUGUGUGUGUAUGUGUGUGUAAGAGAGACACAAGCACAUAAGCAGUCUGACAGUAGAGCCGUGGGUGGGACUGUCUUAUUAAUUUCUGAAUCCCUACUAUCAUGAUGUAUCCACUUAAAAAAAAGAAUGGGCUGUUCCCUAUUUGCAAUGAAGGGUUUGACUGAGGUCAUAUACUUUCUCCACGUGACUGUAUCAGUAUUCAGACAAGUCAUGUUUUGUUGUUCUCACCAGACUGGAUGAGGCAUCAGUGUGUGAGUGCUGUGCAGGGAGACCUGUCUGAACACUGACACAGUCACUCUGAGAAACCAUGUGACCAUAUGCUCAGUACUUCUAAGUUACAGGAAUUUCCAAUUUGUCUUCAUUCCCAGAAGAGAGAAAAGCAUCAUGAGGAGGGAGAACCAGAGCUGUGUGUCCAAGUUCCUCCUGCUGGGGCUCCCCAUCCAGACAGAGCAGCAGGGCUUCUUCUUUGCCCUGUUCCUGGGCACGUACCUGACCACAGUGCUGGGGAACCUGCUCAUCAUCCUGCUCAUCCGGCUGGACCCUCGCCUCCACACCCCCAUGUACUUCUUCCUCAGCCACUUGGCCCUCACAGAUGUCUCCCUUUCUACAGUCACUGUCCCUAAGAUGCUGAUGGUCAUGCAGACUCAGGAUCAAUCCAUUUCCUAUGCAGGGUGUAUAACACAAAUAUAUUUUUUCAUGUUUUUUGCUUGCAUUGAUAACCUUCUUCUUGCUGUGAUGGCCUAUGACAGGUAUGUGGCCAUUUGUCACCCUCUACACUACACCAUCAUCAUGAGGGAGGAGCUGUGCAUAUGUCUGUUGGCUGGAUCCUGGCUCCUCUCCUUUGUCAGUGCUGUGACCCACACCCUUCUCCUGGCUCAACUGUCCUUCUGUGCUGACAACAUCAUCCCCCACUUCUUCUCUGACCUUGCUGCUCUGCUUAAGCUAUCCUGCUCAGAUACCUCUCUCAGUGGGCUGGUAAUAUUCACUGUAGGGUCUGCAGUUCUCAUUUUUUCUUUGAGUGGCAUCCUGGUCUCUUAUGGCCGCAUUGGGCUCUCCAUCCUGAGGGUCCCCUCUACUAAAGGGAUCUGCAAAGCCUUGUCCACCUGUGGCUCCCACCUCUCUGUGGUGUCUCUAUUCUAUGGGACAAUGAUGGCACUGUACCUUUUCUCCUCAUCAGACCAGUCCCAUGACAAAAACAUCAUUGCUUCUGUGAUGUACACAGUGGUCACCCCCAUGCUGAACCCUUUCAUCUACAGCCUGAGGAACAGAGACGUGACAUUGGCUCUGGGGAUACUUUUCAGAAAUAAUAACCUCUUUGCCAAGUGAGAAUCACCUAACCAACAUUCUUAUUUCACUCACUGACCUUGUCAUAAAUGCCUUAAAAUUUGUGUGUUGAUCACCCAUAUUUCUAGCACUUUAAUUUUCAUUGUUAUUCAAUCAAUCUCUUUCCCUUCAGUCAUAUCUUUUAUCAAUAUAUUUUUCCAUAACCCUAAAUAUGACAUUACAUACAACACACAUUCAACCUUUGUCUCA